UAUUUUUAAGGUAAUUUUUGGUGUAUGAUGGAGGUGUAUGAUGAGUGGUGUAAUGAUGAUGGAUGAUGGAGAAAAUCAGAAAUUUUUUAAGAGCAUCCUCCCUAUUUAAGCUAUUCCGCUUUAUAAAUUUUUUCAACCCCCAAAACGUAUCUAAAAAUGAGGUUCGCCUGUAUAAUUGUUUAAAAAAUCAGAAAUUUUUUAAUAAAGACGGUUGUUAUUCCUUGGUUGGCAGAACAGGCGGUAAACAACCACUAAGUUUGGAUAGCGGUUGUAUUCAGGCAAUAACUAAUUCGGAAUUAUUUUAA